UAUUUAAUAUCUAUCUAUUUAUUAGUUAUUACUUUAUAUCACGAAAACUAAGCUUUGAUAGUUUGAUAAUUUUCACUCUUCAGUGAACUAACUACAACUAUGUACACUGUCUAAUGGAUAUAAAUUGUAUUUAAUUACACGAUUACAGCAAUACAAUCGUAAUAUAUUAUACAAUUUGCAGUACUUAUUAAAAAAGUUUUUAAAUAUAUAACCAUGGCUUUUCGAAUUUUAUCGAAAUGUCGUUUAUUCAAAAAUAUUUCAACCACAUUAAAUACUAAUAUAAGAUCAAACGGUAUUCAUGUUUCAACUGUUCAUCGUGAUUUAAUGGAAUUUUUUGAUGAUAAAAAAAAUUGGGGUGCUGAACAGAUAAAAGUUGGAAGAUCGUGGACAAAAGAUGAGUUGCGAAUUAAAAGCAAUCAAGAUUUACAUAAACUUUGGUAUGUGUUACUGAAAGAACGCAAUAUGUUGUUAACAAUGGAACAAGAAUGCAAAGCUCAAAUUGAAUUAUUCCCUAAUCCAGAACGUAUUGAUAAGGUUGAAGAAAGUAUGAACAAUUUAGAAACAGUUGUGCGUGAACGUAAUGAAGCUUAUUACAAAUUAGAAGUUGGAGAAUCUGCAGAAAGACCUGGACAAUUAGUUACUAAUUUAUUAGGAUUGAAUUUUUUUUAUCGUAAAUUUGAACACUUAAUUCCAAAAUUUUUGAAUAAGAAAUGGAGAAAUAGACAUACAUUUAAUAUUGUUAAUGGAAACAUUGAGAAAUUCCAAAGGUUGUACAGAGAAAAAUUACAUAAUGCUAAUAGAAAAAGUAGAAACCGUGAUCGUAAUCAUGUGAUGCAUCUGAUGAAACGAUAUCCAAAUUUGGACAUGGAUGCUGUCAAACAACAAUAUCCAUCAGUAGACAUUGAAAAAAUAAAAAACUAUCAUAAAGUUCGAGGUCAUUACGUGCCUUAA